AUGUCUAUCCGGUUCCACCUUUCACGCACACAGAGCCCUACCUUCUGCCUUCGUACCAGUGCUGUGUCUACAGAGUUCACAACUCUGAACGACCACCCUAUACAGCCAGGGUCUUUCAAUACAGCCAUGUCUGCUACCACCAUGUACCAGUGUUCUCCUGGGGAGAAGACCUUUGUUUACCAAGACAGACUGCCAUCCUUGCCAUUACCAUCUUUGUCUCACACUUUAGAAAAGUAUCUUCAGUCAGUUCGGCCACAUGUAUCUGAUGAAGAAUAUAUGCAGACAUCAUUUGUGAUACGGCAAUUUAAAGUUGGAGUCGGAAAAGAACUACAUGAAAAAUUGGAAGAAAAAGCAAAGAAAGAACGUAAUUGGUUGGAGUCGUGGUGGCAAAACGUGGCCUACCUGGACAUUCGAACUCCUAUUGCACCUUUCAUUAGCACAGGAGGUACAGGUCCUUACUACAAGCACUACUGGCCAGCUAAAGAUGGUACACAGAUUGAACGAUGUGCCCUGUGCCUUUACUAUACACUUCAAUGCUGGAAGAUGAUCUACAAAGAAGAGAUGCGUCCAGAGAAAGAUCGUCAUGGCAACUUCUUGUGUAUGAACCAAUUUUACCUAAUUUUCAAUACAUGCAGAGUUCCAGGAAAGAAAAGAGACCAGUUAUUACAUUUUUUUAAAACUGAGUCUGAAGGUGACAUUCCUCAACAUGUGAUGGUUUUGUGUUCUGGUCAUGUCUUUAUCCUAACUGUCACUGACGACUAUAAAGAACAACUGACUCCUCCUGAGUUACAGAAACAGUUGCAAUACAUUCGUGAUACAUGUGAUCAGCAGCCAAAGGGUCCCUCAGUGGGAAUUCUCACAGCACACAACAGAAGCACCUGGGCCGAGUUGCACAGUGAAUUGCAAAGUAUUCACCCUGACAAUUACAGAAAUUUAAAGUUGAUUGAAGAAAGUAUCAUGGUGGUCACUUUGGAAGACACCAGUCCCAAAAAUGAAACUGAGAUGUUCCAAGAUGCCAUUGCUGGAAAUCCAACUAAUCGGUGGUUUGAUAAAUCUGUAAAUCUUAUUGCUUUUAAAAAUGGACUUAUGGGUUCAAAUAAUGAUCAUGCCCCAAUAGAUGGGAUGGCAAAUGUUGUUGUGACAUAUUACAUUGAUUGUUGUGUAAAAGAAAACAAAGGUGUUUGGAAUGGAAGCCAAGAAGUACGGGAGCUACCGCUUCCAGAAAAACUAAAUUUUUACCUGAAUGAUCAUCUUUAUCAAGGAAUUAAAGAAGCAAAAGAUAUGUACCUGGAGAGUGCCAAAUUAUUUGAUUGCAAAGUCGUGGAUUACAAUAAAUAUGGCCGACAGUUUGUGAGAGCCUUUAAUUUACAUCCAGACACUCAUAUGCAACUUACUUUACAGUAUACUUACUACAAAUUAUAUGGAAAACCUGCACCUACCUAUGAAACUGGAACUACUCGUGUCUACUGGCAUGGACGGACUGAGACAAUUCGGUCAUGCACAAUGGAAGCGUUACAGUGGAUUAAAGCUAUGGCUGACCCUCUUCUUUCACCUUCAGAAAAGUUAAAUCUGAUGUUAGAAGCUGCUGAGAAGCACAAUCAGUUACGAAGUGAGGCCCAAAAGAACCAAGGGUGUGAUCGGCACCUGUUAGGACUUUACCUUAUUGCCAUGGAAGAGGGAGUGCCCAUUCCCCAAUUAUUUUUGGAACCUGCAUUUGUUAAAAGUGGUGGUGGAGGCAACUUUGUUCUAUCAACCAGCUUCUUGGGUUUCACCACUUGCCUUGGUGGUUGUGCUGCUAUGGUCAAAGAUGGAUAUGGUUGCUUUUAUAAUAUAGAACCAAAAAGAAUGAGCAUUUUCAUUUCAAGAUGGCAGAACAGCAGUGUAACAAAUUUGGAAACAUUUGGUAAUUGUCUGGUUGACUGUUUAGAUGAGAUGAAAGAACUUCUUGAACAUAAAUCUACAACAGCUCGUCUCUAA